UCAUUUAGUGUUUCCAAUAUUAUUCUUAGCAACUCAAUCAAGUAGUGAAUUAUUUAGUUCUGUAGUCCUGUAAUCUUGGUUCACACUGCAGAGAGGGAGAGGCCCUUUUCUCCCCUGGGCACUAAGCAGAUGCUACUUGGACUAACCUAGAUGAACCUUGCUCUCAGACACUGAGUUGGGUGGGUGAGUCAGCCUGCCACCUGGAGCACAGUGGCUGAGGAGUGGUGCUACAUUGUUCCUAUAGCCCCAUUCUGUGGACAGUAGACAGGACUACUGCUUGAGCUCCAGGCUCUCUCAUACCCAGACAGUAAGCAGGCCCUGGUUUCUCUCUUGGUUUCGUCCUAGGUUCCUGUCUUUUUAGGGAGUUUUUCCCUAGCUACCGUGCUUCUGCAUUUCUUGCUCUUUGGGGUUUUAGGCCGGGUAUCUGUAUAAUUGCUGAUGUAAAAAGAGCUUUGUAAAAUACAUUUGAAUUGAUUGAUUGGCCUGAAACUAACUUGUUGGUCCACUCGCCAGUGUGAUGAAAAACAUCACCAGCCACUCUGGCGGGGUAUGAGCUGGUGGUGGGUUCUAAUUCUGGCCCUGCAGGCUAGUAGGAGUGGUAUCUAUCUGGCCGCGCGGCUGAUAUGACCCCGUAUGAAUGGUCAGCAUUCUGCCGAGUCAGCCACAUUCACAGACUGACUGCAUCAGAGACCUUCAGAGGGUAAAGAAAGACACUAUUAUUACUGCAGGAAUUGUUUCUGUCCCCCAUAGAGUUGUAACUAGCUUUAUUAGAGAGCAUGUGAAAGGAAAGCAGACUGCAGAACCAGACAAACAGUCCUCUGAGAGUUCACUAAGUAGCUGCCAUCAAGGUCUGUCCACACACAGUUCUAAUUUGCACGACAAGAAACUUGAAACACAGUUUGCUCAGACAAAGCAAGUACUAGAGAAUAUUUCUCUAUUUAUCCCUGUUUCUGUUCUCUGCUUUUCCUCUCUCUUCUUCCCAGGUCAGCUGUCUUCUUUGCUUUUUCUCUCUCUUCUUCCCAGGUCAGCUGUCUUCUCUGCUUUUUCUCUCUCUUCUUCCCAGGUCAGCUGUCUUCUCUGCUUUUUCUCUCUCUUCUUCCCGGGUCAGCUGUCUUCUCUGCUUUUUCUCUCUCUUCUUCCCGGGUCAGCUGUCUUCUCUGCUUUUUCUCUCUCUUCUUCCCGGGUCAGCUGUCUUCUCUGCUUUUUCUCACUUCUUCUUCCCAGGUCAGCUGUCUUCUCUGCUUUUCCUCUCUUCUUCCCAGGUCAGCUGUCUUCUUUGCUUUUUCUCUCUUCUUCUUCCCGGGUCAGCUGUCGUCUUUGCUUUUUCUCUCUCUCUUCUUCCCGGGUCAGCUGUCUUCUUUGCUUUUUCUCUCUUCUUCUUCCCGGGUCAGCUGUCUUCUUUGCUUUUUUCUCUCUUCUUCUUCCCGGGUCAGCUGUCUUCUUUGCUUUUUCUCUCUCUCUUCUUCCCGGGUCAGCUGUCUUCUUUGCUUUUUCUCUCUCUUCUUCCCGGGUCAGCUGUCUUCUUUGCUUUUUCUCUCUUCUUCUUCCCGGGUCAGCUGUCUUCUUUGCUUUUUCUCUCUUCUUCUUCCCGGGUCAGCUGUCUUCUCUGCUUGCUUGCUUGCUUGCUUGCUUGCUUGCUCUCUCGCUUGUUUCCAAGUCAGGGGAGAGGCAGGGUAAGAGAUUGCAGACAUGCCCAGUAGAGGAAGAUAAGUUUUAACUCUGGUCCAUCAGCAGUGAUGAUGUCCUGUUUUACCACUAGAGAGAACUAGAGGAUUUCUCCUCUGCUUUUUCGUUCAUUCUCUGCAAUCUUUCUCUCUCUCUUGUUGUUCACCAUUGGGGUGUGUGUGUGUUACAGGUACGGCAGGGUGUGUAGCCACAUUGCUUCAUGACGCGGCC